GAGCAGAAGCAUUAGGAAACGACGGAGCUAUUACUGGAUCUUUCGAGACCUUUUCAGUAACAGCACCAACAAUUCCAGUUGUAUGGGAGCGUAGAUCCAAAACCUUUUUGCUUACUGGUUUAUGUUCCACGGGAUUUUCAACUAGAUUAUUUAAUUCCUCAUCAAGUUCUAUGUUGAAACGUCGAGCACGAA